AUCUAGUCCAACUCCAACCUCCUGAUCAAUGCAAGAAUUCCAGAGCUAGAGGAUCCCCAACAGACAGAUGGCUGCCCAGUCUGUGCUUGAAGACCUCCGGGAAGGAAAAGCCCACCUCAUCUGUAGGCAAGGUUCCAUUACCAAAUUGCUCUUACUGUGAUUUCCAUUCAUGUAGGACCUCAAGGGGAAAAUUAAAUGUAACAACAACUUGGAGAGAGAUGUCUGUCCAGAAGCCCCUAGGUGGAAAGCUCGUGGGCAACCACGACACACGACGACUAACGGGACGGGGGGUUGUUCGUGAUGGUAACAUGCGGCUACAACAAGGCGAAGGGGCUGAGCUGCCAGUCGCCUCACUCAGCAGGCCGGAGCGGUAGGCUUCAGGAAGAAACCUCUGAACUCCGAGGCCGCCAAGGAGGGGGCGUGGAGAGCGAGUAUGUGGAAUCUGCUGGUUCCCUUAUGCCGGGACUUCACUGGGCUCGGACCAGCAGAGAGGCGCGAAAAGAAGCAACAGGAGACGACAUGACCCCGACAGCCACUGAAGAGACGCGAAGGCAUCCCGCGCUGCAGCAACGCCGGUGGCCUCCUUCGCCGUCCCUGCUGCUUUUGUUGGUGCUGCUUCUGCUUUUGUCCUUUUCCGAAGAGAAGGAGCCGGAUGCCACAAGUGAUUUACCUUCUGAUGUGUGUGCCACUUGCCAUGCUAAUGCCACAUGCCAUCAAGUAGACAGCAAAAGUGUCUGCAUCUGUAAUUAUGGCUUUGUGGGUAACGGGAGGACUUACUGUCAAGACAAAGAUGAAUGUGACAUAGGGACAAGCAAGAUUUGUGGAGAUCAUGCUUCAUGCCACAAUACAUAUGGAAGCUUUUAUUGCGUUUGUCUUGAAGGCUUUCAGGCUUCCAAUAGAAACAAGAUAUUUAUUCCCAAUGAUGGCACAAAAUGCAUAGAUAUUGAUGAGUGUGAAAUCUCGGGCAUCUGUGGCCUGGGAGGACGAUGUGUGAAUACUCCUGGAAGCUAUGAGUGCUACUGUAGUGAAGGAUACCAAAUAGAAAAUGGAGUGGAACCAUUUCAUUCACAAAAAACAAGGACUUCAUGCAAAGUUGUGGACUGUGGGCUUCCACCUUCCUUUCCAAAUGCAUAUUUUGCUGUCAACAGAACAACUUAUGGAAACAAAGUUGUUUAUACCUGCCAGCCUGGUUAUGUCAUCAAAAAUGGAAAUUACACUGCCGUUUGCAAUUCCAGAGGACAAUGGAAAGAAGCUGAUUUUGUGUGCAAAGAAAUAGACUGUGGAAAACCACAGUGGUUUCCAAAUACAGACAUUAUCUGGGAUAACACCACAACUUUAGGGAGCACAAUAUAUUAUAAAUGUAAAGAAAGAUUUCACUAUUUUGGAGAACGUAAUUUUUCACAAUGUACAAUGUCUCAGAAGUGGGAAAACAUCACCUUUGAAUGCAAAGAAAUAACCUGUGGCCAACCUCCUGUAAUAAAUCACACAAACAUGAUAUGGAAUAAGAUACCAAACCUGGGAAAUGUUGUGGAAUACAAAUGCAUUAAAGGUUUCUACCACACAAGCAUGAAAAGACAUUCGUUCUGUACCCAAAAUGGAUCUUGGGAAAUUUUGGAUCUCAGAUGUGAAAAAGUGCAAGAGUUUGUCGAUAUUGCAUUAAAUAACUCUUGUUUGACAUGGAGGAGACGUAACGGAAAUGCUGUAGUAAAUGAGACUUAUCAACUUAUAAUGAGGAUGUUAGGGAAUGAAUCAAAGAAAACUGCAGCUGAAUCAAAGAUGAAUCUUACCACAACUGAGGAGGCUAUAAAGAUGUGCUUGCAGCUACGUCAGAAUGCAAACUACAGUGUGGAAGUCACUACGGAAUCCACCAAUUUGGCUUUAAAAAUCCAAAUAAUACAACCAGUAGUUGAAAAGAAGGUUGUAAUGAGCAACAUCACCAUAUUUAAUGACACCUGUAUUAAAUGGAAAAGAGAAUCACUGUCUGAGGAAAACUACGUGCUUCAAGUACAGGGUCUCCGCUGGUAUCAGAAGCAGUUCUGCGAUAAUAUGACUCAUAAUUUCACCACACAUACUCAGAAUCCAGAAGUGUGCCUUGACUUACUGCCAGGCACCAAUUACACUGUUAAUAUCUCCACAAGAAAUCCAGAUCACAGUGCCCUCAUCUACAUGGAAACCCCAAUCACUGAUCCACCAUCCCCAGAAGUAGAAUUCAUAUCAGUACAAGGUUCUGCACCAUUAUUCAGCCUGAGGAAGGCAGAAGAAAAAAAUGGACCAAUAAGUUCAUACCAAGUGAUAGUCAUUCCCUGGAGUCUACAGUGCAAUUUUAAUUGCCAUUCCUUGACUAGCCUAACCUAUUUCAGCAAAGGCACUGACACAGAAGGCUAUGUUACAGCAGAAAUUCCAGCCAAGGUUGUUGCUGACAACAUUUUGGACUUGGCCCUUGGAGACAGACUUUACUAUGGAGAAUUUUACAACGCUCCCUUGAAACAAGGAAAAGAUUAUUGUGUUGUACUGAGGACAAUCAGUGAAUGGAAUAAGGUGAAAAAGCAGUCCUGUGUAGUCUGGGCCCAAAUUAAAGAUUUAUCAUCCCCACCACAGCAUAUGACUAUAGUUUUAUUUGGAUCAGUUGCUGCUCUCUGCUCCAUCCUGUUACUAUUGCUCUCUGUAGCAUGUACGCAGCACAUAUCUCCAUCUUCACUGACCAGGAAAACAUUUUCCAAUGAGACUGGACAUUUAUCUACCACCAUCAAUAUUGCAGAGCGGAGCAUCACAUCGUAUUCUCCAAUGCUUCAGACUGUCUCUCUUCUCUAAUGCGCACAUCUACCAAUAAUCUGGAAGAGAAUUACAUUUUAGAAAAUGGAGCUGUCUUGUUCGCUUUGGAUGUUUGGAACCAACAAACUCAUCCACAGAAUGUCAGCUUCUCUUUCCGCAUCUGGAUGUCAAGUGAUAUUUUUUGUUUUGAUUCCUCAUUUUCUUCAUUUGCUUUUCAUUCCUAAACUGUGUUGGAUGAAAGUUGUUCCAUAUACACACAUGUACACUUGAAAUCCUUAGCAAAUGUGGAUUACUUACUCUUUUAGCCUACCUCUGAAACUUGUUUUUAAUAACUCUCCAUCCAAGAAGAAAGUGGGACAUUGCUUUUACAUGCCCCAGUAAAAGGCAAUGUAUAUGCAUAAGGACAUACUGUUUUACUUGAGCUAGUAACAUCAAGCUGCAAUCACAAAUGCACUCAGAUGCUUUUUGAUGAGAAAAUGUUCCUCUCUGUAGUUGAUAGUACAUGCUUCUUUUUAUAAUAUUCCUGUUAGUGGAAGCCCAUUAAGGACAAAAUGUUCCCAAAGCCAUGCUCUUCGUUUGGAAAUUAAAGAAGGAAUGCCUUUAUUUUUUA